CACGUUGGCCCGGACGUGGCACUCGUCAGCAGAGUCUUUGGGAGAAGUCAGAGAAGCCGCGACGCGGUUCUCUUAUUGUGGUUAUAGUCGGUGCUUGCUUCGUAGAUCCAGGCGUCAUCAGGCAGGUAUGGGUCUCACCAUCUCGUCGAUCUUCGGCCGGCUUUUCGGCAAAAAGCAAAUGAGGAUUUUAAUGGUUGGACUGGACGCUGCUGGAAAAACAACAAUCUUGUACAAACUGAAGCUCGGAGAAAUUGUAACUACCAUCCCCACCAUUGGUUUCAAUGUGGAGACAGUAGAAUAUAAAAAUAUCAGUUUCACUGUUUGGGACGUGGGCGGUCAGGACAAGAUCAGACCACUCUGGAGACAUUACUUUCAGAACACACAGGGCCUCAUCUUUGUAGUGGACAGUAAUGACAGAGAACGAGUAGCAGAGUCUGCAGAAGAGCUUUCAAAGAUGCUGCUUGAGGACGAGUUGAAAGAUGCAGUUUUGCUGGUGUUUGCUAACAAACAGGAUCUUCCCAAUGCCUUAUCAGUCAGCGAACUCACAGACAAACUUGGGCUACAUGCCCUCCGCAACAAAACUUGGCACAUUGAGUCAACCUGUGCAACCCAGGGCACUGGACUGUAUGAAGGACUUGACUGGCUAUCCAAAGAACUUUCCAAGUAAGGAAGAACCAGCUGGAUACAGAGGAGAGAACAAGACUAAACUUCACAAAACAACGGAGAAGACACAGAUAUUCAAAUCUUGAAACCUCUGGUCUUCCAGCAAAAAUAAUCAUGGAAAGGACAAAGCUGGUGGACAGCUUUUGUUUUCAGUACUCUCACCAUAUUGUCUCUUAACAAAGUCUUUAUUUUUCUGCUUUACUUCCAUGACCUAUUAAAUACCACAACCGGUUACAAGUACAUGUUCAGUGUUGUGAUGAGCAAAUGGGCUAUAAGGUGGAUUUCCUGGAAUCAGUAAAUACAAUAUUAGGAUUCAUUUUACCAUUCAACCUAUUGGCCUUAGGCAGCAUUUGCAGUAAUUAACCACUUGUGUAAUUGUUGGGCUGAACUCAUAACCAUUAUUGAGCUAAAGCUUGGGGCGGGGGAGGUAUGAUAAUAUAACCCAAGUCUUUUUGUGUUGGACACUUCAAGCUGUUCCUCUUCACAGUCUGUUGUGAAUAUUUGACUCCCUGUAGUCCUGACCCUUUGCUCUUUGCUAUGAACUCAGUCCUGUUAAGGCCUGUGGAGUGGGAGGGACAAGGGCUGCACUUAUUUCACAGGCAUGGUAGUAGUGUGGAACCAGUGUGGCCUCCGUGUAAAUGGUUCUAAGGGAACACUGUGCCUUCUUGUUCCUCUUUACAGAAAUCUGAGUAAAUCUGCCCUGUCUUCUUUUCAGGCCACUCCUCAGAUGCUUUUGUAAUAUUUUUGCUAUUGAAAAACAAGAUAAUGCAACAAGACACUUCCCUUUGUGGUACAGUAUGUAGAGCAGAACCUUGCCAGAACGUUCUUUAAAGUUCACUUUUCUAAUAUCAAUUAUUAUUCUGUUGAAACAAAUGUGGGAUUUUUCCUCAUUUCUUUUUCUAAGCUUCAUGAAAAAAAGACUCUUCACUUUUUUUGUUUUCGCUAACAGCAGAUCUUUAAAAAGUCAAAAGAGGAAGGAAGCAUCAUUUUAGUGAAGACACAGGGUUAGUGUCUAAACCAUAAGGUAGCAUGUGUUUUUUUUCCAUUUGUUGGCAGUGCUUAGUGCAAAGCUUGUUAUUUUGUCUGACGUCAUAUACUGUAUUAUAGGCUGAGUUAUUGUAUUGUUCUUUAAACCCCAGUGUGUCCCUGCCCAUUGAUGUUUGUGUAGACAUUCCAACCUCUGCUUGCAGCGAUUAUUCUGAAAAAUUAUUAGCUAAAAAUAUUUUACAAAACAAAAUUCCAAAUAAAGCCAAAGUUUGAAAACA